AUGUCAAACAGUGGAAAAAAGAAGUCGACGUUUACUGGCUCGCCGCAGAGCCAGAAUCCGAGUCAGCCCAGCCAACAGCAACAUCCCCACCAGCAGCAGCAACGGCCAAGCCUACGACCGUCCUCCGGGGAUACCGGCUUCUUUCAGGACGCCCCUCGUCUAGGGAACCAGUUUCAUGAAGACGUGGGACUCCAGAGGGUUCUUUCAUGUUCGUUCUCCCACAUUUCCUUCCGAACCCUUAUGAUAUUAAGUCGAAGGGCUGCUGACUAAUUACCGCCUUUGAAAACCUGCUAACUGACUGUGUGGGUUCUGUUUGCUGUGUUAGUUUACCUCCCACCCACUUUGCUGAAAUCGUUGCAUAACGAGCUCAACUCGCUUGCCGUGGCGGCUCUUUCCCGCCAAGUGUUGCAUUGGGUCGAAGAUGCCGAGGCACACCCACCCACCCUCGAGUCACAUGAUGCGUUCGCUAACCGCUGCGAUAACUUGCGAACCUCGGAAGGGUGGAGGAGGCUCGCCGAGCUUGGCGCUCACCAGGGGAUUGUGGCUGAAGGCUAUGAGGGCCGGUAUGGGAGGAUUGGGCAAUUUGCAAAGCACGUUGUUCCCCUGAUGCUCUUGGGUUGAAUUGGCUCGGCUAAUUGUGUGGAUUAGGUACUACAUAUUUUCACCGUCUUCCGCAUUGACUACCUGCCCGUUUGCAAUGACGGAUGGGGCUGCCCGUCUGCUAUCACAGCACAUCCCUCACCCAGCAACUUCGAUCCAAUCAUUCUUUAGUCUGAACUCUUCAUUGAGUUCCCGCAGAGAAGCGGAGGUAAGGCGUCAAGUCUUCUACAACGCCCACCUCCGUCUUAUCUCGCGGGACCAGUCUGCCCGUUGGACCAGUGGUCAAUGGAUGACCGAGCGACCCGGUGGCUCCGACGUUUCUAGGAGUGAAACGGUGGCUGUGUACUCUCCUCUCGCGUCGUCUUCGCAGACCGAAGAUGGCACUGAAGAGUUGGGGCCCUGGGUCGUUGAUGGUUACAAAUUCUUUUCUUCAGGCACCGAUGCGGAUAUGACCAUUCUCCUCGCGAGAACCCCCGGCGGGGGCGGUAAGCUCAGCGCGUUCUAUGCACCCAUGAGAUUGGCGAAUGGCGAGAGGAACGGUGUGAAGAUUAUUCGAUUGAAGAGGAAGCUGGAGACUAGGGCUCUACCAACAGCGGAAUUAGAACUCAAGGGAAUGAGGGCAUGGAUGAUUGGUGAGGAAGGGGAGGGCAUUAAGCAGAUGGCAACGGUGCUGAAUAUCACUCGCGUUCAUAAUGCCGUUAGUGCCAUCAGCUUUAUGCGAAGGGGUCUGGCCAUAGCGAAGGUUUGCCCAUCCCCUCCUUCUGAAUCCCUAAAAAAGGAUAAUUUAUGUUCAGGGAAAUAGGCAUUCUCAAAAGUCCGUAUAGUCGCAAAGAACCGGCCGCUCUGGACGAUUCCCCUUCACCUCCGCACACUAUCACAUCUAGAGCUCUACCAGCGCGCAACAACCCAUCUAACAUUCCUUACAAUCCAUCUCCUCUCCCUCAGCGAAACCUCCACAGCCCCGUCCACGCCGCCCCCUAACGCCUCAACCCCGCUACAUACCCCCUCGACCCCGAACCAACUCCUGCGUCUCCUAACCCCCAUCGCUAAAGCCCUAACCGCAAAGAUAGCUCUGAGCACCCUGUCCGAAUGCGCUGAAUCUCUCGGCGGCGUCGGUUACUGCGAGAAUGAGGAGCCCUUAAACAUAGCCCGUCUCCUUCGCGACGCUCAGGUGCUCUCGAUCUGGGAGGGGACAACGAACGUGCUAAUAACCGACCUAAUUGGUAGCUUAAAACGUACAUCACGUGCGGGGGGCGAAGAGCAAGGCUGGGUUCCGUUCAACGAGUUUGUGGAGGAAAACUUGGGUUCUCCGGCGACUGCCACUGCCGGCCGUGUUGGUGAGGUUGAAGCGGAGGUCCUUGAGAGGUGUAAAGUCGCUCUGUGGGAGGAAUGGAAAGCGUUUGAAAAGAUCUUGGAGACGAGGAGUAAAGAGGAAUUGACCUCUGGUGGGAGGGUAGUCUUGUGGACUCUCGGCUGGGUGUUAUGUGGUGUUUUGCUUAUUGUGGACGCGAGGAGGGAUGGGGAGAGGACUGCCGUGGAGUUUGCUAGACGCUGGGUCCUAGAAAAGGCUGGUAUGUGGGGCGCCUGGGGGGAGUAUGGGGUUAUGGAAGCGGAGGUUGAGAAGCGGGCGCGGGCCGAUUGUUGGGCGGUGUUUGGAGAGAAGUUGCCGGAGGUUAAGGACCGAGCCAAGCUCUGAAUUUUUUUUCUUUGACUUUUGGUGGCUAUUAUGAAAGUAGGAGAAAAGGGAAGAAACGAAGGGGGGGGGGCACGAUCAAUCACGCCAAAAUACUUUGGGGCAUUUCUUUUGUUUAGCAUACUCCCGUUGCGUUUACUAAAAAAAAUUAUGUUUUGUCUGUUCUUUCCUCUCUUUACAAUAUUAUUAUUUCCUUGUGUUAUUUCUUUCGUUUUCACUUGCAUUGGGCGGAGCAUUACCAUCCGGAGUCUUCAUUUUCACCUGUCUGUCGGUCCUUUGACAUGUCUCUUACGGUAUUGCCCUUGUGUUUUUGGUACGAUGCUACGGUUGGGAUGGAUCAAUGCGGGGAGUGUGUGGGGAUGGGAAAAUUGUGGUUCACAUGGCAAUUAGAAGAAUCUACAAGUGAUCCGGAGAGUCUACCUGAAGCGCUACUUUUGACAGUAGGUACGGGACUUUUCUGUUUGUCUUUAAAAGAAUGAAGUGGGUAUCACCGAUGACGAUUGUGAAGGGUUUUUUUUUUCCAAGACCUUAAUCAACAGCCCAUGUCUCACUUAGAAAAGCCUCCCUUCAACACUCAAUACUCUCGUAUUAUAGCCGCACUGGGCCCAUCGCAACAGAUCAGCGCUCUUCCUCCUGUCCUUCAAUCUGGGCUACCCAGGACAGCUCACUGCAGGGUCUUACUCAAACGGAGAAACCUGUCAAGAGGACGACCAAGCAAUAAUCCCUUCCCGCGGCCUGAUCCCGGCGGUGUCGAUCCCGCCACCUAGACUCCGGACACCAGUUGGGAUAUCAUGACGGGAAGACUUGAUUUUAAUGCACAUUUCGCAAGAGUUUCUUCACCGAGAGCUAGGACUAGAGUCAGACACCCCUUUCUAGAAUCAUAUGAGACGGAUCCUUUUGCUGCGUAGCUCAACUGUGUGGCGGGCCAACCUCGGACGGGCAAGUAAUGGUCUCCACGCAAGUUUUUCGGGCGUGAAGGAAGAAUCAGGCUCAAGGCGGGCUGGUUCUUGUUUGGCAUCACACUCGGAAGUUGUGGCACAUGUACAUGUACCCCCCUCACUCGUAUACCAAGCUCCCGUAGCGCUUCUUGGCGAGGAGGGCACGAGCUCCUGGAGUCGGGGUGUUCCGGGAUCGUCAUAUUUGUAAGUUACAGAACUUUUACUCUUUGGAAGUG